UUUGUCCAGUCAGUUUCCUCCCCCACUUCUCUUUCUUCUCUCUCUCUCUCUCUCCAAUUAUUUUAUCUUUCUCUAAAAACAUAAACUUCCUAAACAAAAACCAGUCUGGUUUUUGAGUUUCAGCUUAGCUUAACAAAUAUCAACCAUUUUCACACUCCACCCUUAAAAAUGUGCCUUACUCUUCCAUCCCCUCAAGGCUCUGUCUUUUUGGCCAAUGAGUCAAUGCUCCAUUUCUCAAGAGUAGUGCUUUUAUAAAUUUGGUGGGGGUGGGGGGUGGGGUUUUCUAUAUGGAUUUUGGGGUGGUGGGUUUGGAUGGGUUGGGGGGUUCAGACACUGGUGGUUUUGCUUCUUCUCUUGCUUCAGAUCCUGAAACAAAGCAGAAGUGGUACGGAUCUGGGUUCCACAAGCAGGAGAGAUCUGGUGCUUCUCAGAACGACUGGAGGAGUUCUAAACUGGCCAAGACUGAUGAUUUCUCAGGCUCCAAGGCAAUGCUGCUCCAGCAGAAGAAUGCUUUACUGAGAUCCAAUUGCACUCUCUUCUCUGAUGGACAGCAACAGCAGCAAAUGCUUAGCUUUUCUUCUCCCAAAUCAGAAUCUUUCUUACUGGAGAAGACCUCUCCAAAUGUCACAUUGCCUUACUUUCACAACACAUUAUCUGCUUAUAAUAGAAAUACAGGAUAUAGCUCCGGGAGCUUGAAUGGUAGUAGCGUGCAUGGGGCUAUAACAGGGGCCAGAGGCCUAUUCACUCCAUCCCAAUGGAUGGAGCUUGAACACCAGGCCUUGAUCUACAAAUACAUUACAGCAAAUGUGCCUAUACCAUCUAAUCUGCUCAUCCCCAUCAGAAAGGCACUUGAAUCUGCUGGCUUCUCUGGCUAUUCAGGUGGACUUCUGAGACCCAAUACCUUGGGAUGGGGAGCUUUCCAUCUGGGAUUUUCCAACAACGCUGAUCCUGAGCCAGGGAGGUGUCGUCGGACGGAUGGUAAGAAAUGGCGGUGCUCAAGAGAUGCAGUUGCCGACCAGAAGUAUUGCGAGCGGCACAUGAACAGAGGCCGCCAUCGUUCAAGAAAGCCUGUGGAAGGCCAAACCGGCCAUUCCGCUGCCGGAGCAACCACCGCCACCACCACCUCAAAGCUCAUGCCUACUGUUUCCUCAUCCUCCUCAUCGGUGGCCCUGUCCGGCGGCGCUGCAUCCAACAGCCUAGCCAUUGCAAAUCAACAGCUUCACAGCUUACAACCUCAACCUCCCGCUGCUGCAUCUAAUUCUUCUUCUGCUGCCACUGCCAUCCAUGUCAACAGGAUGUUUGUGAAAGAGAAUGCUGGUGAGAGAAUGCAAAGCACACCUGGUCUGUCAUUGCUGUCUAAAGAAAACCACUUCUUGUCUCAGAAACAACAGCAGAACCCAUUUGAAGAAUCCUCUAGAGAGUUCGGCCUCAUAACCUCUGAUUCCUUCCUCAACUCUUCAACGAAAACCUCUUCUUCAUUGAUUAGCUGCAGAAAUUUCGAUUCUUCAUCCCACGAGCUCACUGACCGAGUAACCGAUUCCCAGCAUUCCCUUCGCCAAUUCAUCAACGAGUGGCCCAAAAAUCAAUCGGAUCAUCGCUCAUCUGUUUCUUGGUCUGACCUUGACACCCAAUCAGACAGAACCCAGUUGUCAAUUUCCAUUCCCAUGGCUUCCUCGGACUUCACGCCGUCCUCUUCCUCUCCUAACAAUGAAAAACUUGUUACUCUCUCGCCUCUCAGACUGUCUCGUGGACUUGAAUCGGUACCAAUGAGUUUAGGAGUUGGGGAUGAACAGAGCAACAAUAGGCAAGCAAAUUGGAUUCCAAUUUCUUGGGAAAAUUCCUUGGGAGGUCCACUGGGAGAGGUUCUGAAUCACACUAAUAAUAACAAUGGCGGAGGAGAGUGUAAGAAUCCUUCAGUGCUAAACCUGAUGACAGAAGGCUGGGACAGUAGUCCACCAUUAGGAUCAUCUCCUACUGGGGUUUUGCAGAAGACUGCGUUUGUGUCUCUGUCUAAUAGCAGUGCAGGAAGCAGCCCACGAGCUGAGAACAACAAGACCCAUGAAGGUGCUAGCCUAUGCAAUGAUCUUCUUGGGUCCAAUCUGGUGGCUUCUUCUUCGUUGCCUGCUUUGUAAUCCGUUUUGAGUUUUUCUAUGUGUACUGACAAAAAUAGUCAUAGAGUUUGGGAGCUUUAAUUGGUAUGUUAUUUCUUUAAUUUCAUAAACAAACCCGAACACAAAAGUGGAUUUGUGGGUGCAUCUUUACUACUUUUGUGUUUCAUUUUCUAUGUGCAUCCGUUGUCAAAAUACGUUGUUGUAAGCUACAAAAUUAUGGUGGGGCAAAGUAUGGUGUUCAAAUUAUCCAA